UCACGGGGUGAAUCAAGGUGUCGUAAGUGAGCCAUAAGCACGUCUCUUCGGACGAGUCCCGACGCGGCCGCGCGAAUCGUGGCUGCGCGCAUCUUCCGAGAAACUUUUUGAGUAAAUCACGAGUAGGGUCCACGUGGACCCACAAAAAGCCGCAAUCAUUGAUUCCGACGAAUCGACGGUGAUAAUGGGCGUUCAGGUGGAGGAGUCCAAGAUAGGCGCCUUGGUCGAGAAGGCCAAGUUCUACACCUCUGUCUGCAUGGGCACCACGGCAAUUCUUGCGGUCUUCGCCUUCCUGUUUCUGAUCCCGUUCGUCGUCGAGCCGGCGAUAACUACCAUCCUGGCGGAUUUCUCGCCGCACGCGGUUGCCUGCGUCACGACGGAGCACGUGUACGCGGAGGGGUUGAAAAACUGUUCAUGGGCGAGCUGCAGGGAAGGUUGCACUUCGGCCGCGCUUCGUUGUCAUCAGAUCAAAGUCAACUACACCAGGCUCCCGUAUGAGGAAUUCGUGGCAAAGCCGUUGGGUUCAGUGCCGUGGGACGUCACCGAAACGAAAUUCUUCGUGAACACGGAAGGAUGCGGCUACCCGCCCACAGUCAACUGCUCUCUUUUCGCGAAGAAGUACGCCUACGAAAAUAUGGGAAAGGUAUUUCCCUGUUACUACAGCAGAACGCAUCCGGAGACAGUUGUCGCAAGAUAUUCGUGGGAUGAGAAUCUGAGGCAUUUAGUGCUAGCCUUGAUCGUGCCUAUAGUACUGUUCGCCGGGACGCUCGGCGUGCUGUGCUACUGGUAUUGUCCGCCGAUGAACAAGACCUGCGGCGGGUCGAGUCGCAAUCUCAUGGACAAGUAUGCUAGAAAGGAAGAGUAAGUCAUCUUGGCAGAGGACGAAUUCGAGGAAGACGAAGAGGAAUACUGACUGCUACCAAGGGCUCACCCCCCCGCGCGGGAGUGAUCCCAGCGAAAUAAUCUCCGAAUGGCUCCAGUGUACUUUACUUUCUAAAUUUAAGUGAGCGAGUAAUAGCGUUUAGAACAAAUACGCGAAGAGCGGCAAAAAGGAUCUCGUUGUUAUCGCUUCUUAUCGGGUUUAUUCAUUAUGCUUAACGCUACAUCCGACUUUUUUGUCUUCUAAAUCUGUGAUUCGUGCUUUCAAUAAAUGGGACAUACGCCUAGGUUUUAUGUGCCAGCGACAUAAAAAUAUUUAUCUCUUUCUAUCUCUUCUUCUCGAUAUUUCAAUUGCACCGAUAUUAGUUGUAUGCACUUACGCGAAAGAAAUAUAACGUCAGAUUCAUUUGACGGAUCGGCAAUCAGAAGAAUCGCUUGCGCGAAGAAUAUACCUUAAAUUUACGAUGUAAAGUGGGCCAUGAAUAUGAGAACUCGGAUUUUUCAAUUAUCUAUCAGUAUUCCAUGUGAGUUUCAAGAGGCUCGAAACAUGCGGCAGUGUCAGAAAAUAAUAUAUUAUGCAUUAAUGAAACGCAAUACAUGAUACAUUAAUAACACACAAAUUAAUUCAAUUAAUAAUACAUUGGCUGCUAGUACGAUAUAAAACUCGCAAAAUUAUUCGCAGCUGAUUAUUAGCAGCGUAGUUGCGCAUUCUAAAAUCUUGAAAUGAAAAUCUAGAGAUUAAUUUAUGGAAGUAAUUUCAGAUAAAAGCAAUUACGAAACGGUGAUGAUGGACUUCCGUGUGUUUCGAGGUCAGCCGUGAUAAAGGCGCGCCUUCCUACUUACGUGAUAAAAGUUUAAGCAGUACGAUAGUUUUUAAACGGCACAGAAUUAGGUUUUGCAGCAGCAUCGGAUUUAGAUUAAGCUACGUAACCGUGAAUUUACGAUUGGUUACAUAAGCUGCCUUUGUGACGAUAAAUCGAUCGUGAAAGCAGUACCGAUGAAAGCAGUACGAGCAAGUAGCUCGGUGCUAAGCGAAAAAUAUCUUCACUCUUUCGUCGAGCUGAAGAAACAGACUCCAACGCGGACUCUUAUUAGGCUAAUCACGUUACUUGCUACACUAAAUUAAUUGUCCUAUUCGUGCCUCCCGUUGUAAUUACUUUACCAAGUAGAACGAGCAAUGGCUGCUUCUUCAUUUUCUGACGCAGGACUCUGAAAGCUGCACUAAAUUUUAAUUUCGUAAGAGUAAAAUAAAACUAUGAUAACGUUCUGCAGAAUCGACAAAGAAAAGCGAUUCGUAAAUGUUAUUGCUGAUAGUACAAAGGCAAAUGUAUUGAAUGGAAAUUAUGAAAGUGCUUUAUGAAGAAGGAAAUGAAGCAAGUAACGUGGUUUGCUUACAAAAUCCGCUUCCGCACCAAGUAACGUAGGCUAAGACUAGGCUAUAAGUUAAGCCUGUGAAUAUUACCAAUCGUAAUUCUAUCGAAAUUGAUAUAAGAAUUGUUACGAAUUUUGUACGCGGACGCAAGUCACGUCGUGGAUUCUAUAUAGUCAAAGAGAAGAUAUAUUAUAUAGAUAUAUACGAAUAAUAUACGCGUAUAUUAAACGCACGUGAACGCUGGUACGCAUUGUGCGCAUAGUUUAUAGGGCUAGAUAUAACGAUAUAUUUUUAAGUUGGAUUUUCUCUGCAGGGACGCGCGAACUACAUUCCGUAAGCUACGAAACGACAUCGUUUACUAUUGAAUGCUCGCCAAUCGCUUUAUAAUAACAUUUAUUCCAUCAAGCGUAAUUGCUUGCAAGUAAAUUAAUAUAUCGCAGAUAAUAAUUUAUUAGUAACUUUAACCGAGAACGUCAUUAAAGUGAAAUGGAAUUUUCAGAUAUGUAUUAAAUAAUUUGAAUAUUUGAAAUCAAUUAUGAUGAAUGAAGAAGUUGCUUUCUCUCUCAGUGACUACAAUAGUAAUUAGUUUAUGUCUCUCAAAAUUGUUUUUGUCAGUUGGUUAUUGACUUCUGCGCUAUGAUUACUUAAAGAAAUUCGGAAAAAAGGAAAAUCACAUAAAAUAAAUUUCAAAUAUUAAAUAAUUUGAAUACGUAAAUCGAAUUUUGAUGAAUGAUCAAGUUGCUCACUAUGAUUGCAAUAUUAAUUAGUUUAUAUUUUUCAAAAUUGUUUUUGUCGGUGACUGAGUUCUUUGAAAUGAUUUGAAAAACGCCACACACUUGACAGAACUAAUUUUAAUAAUGGUUCUAAUUAAUGUUUGUUUCGAAGCAUAUGGAAACCAUGUCGUAACCCUCUACAUCUAGUAUGGUUGUGAAUCCUUACUCGGCCUUACUCUAGGUGUCCAGAGUGGAAGGGCUUCCACGAGGUAGCAACUUUCCAUGGACCCUAAUGUUUUGGCACUCAUUCCCCACUUGAAGCUUGCUAGUCUAUAGUUUCCGUUCGAUCGCCUCCGAAUCGUGGAUGUCCGUCGAUUUCAUGUCGCGUUAACUACACGAUUUCGUCCGACUCGAUUCUCUCUCGCAAGUUGGAUGAAUUUUAAAUGAGGAUGCUGAACUUUAAUUACGCUAAUAUACAUCGAUAAGAUAUUAAAGAAUAAUCAAAAUUAGAUAUCGGAUGAUAAGUAUUGAUUCGAAACAUAAUUAGAGCAUCGAAUUAUAUAAAUCGAUUCUUGCUUCUCUUCUCUUGCACCCUUCUUCGCGAGACCAUUUGCUCAAAGCGUUCAUAAUCGACGAAACGACGGCGCAAAUUGAAUUCGCGUACGCUUUCUCGCAAAAGUCACAUCGGUUCGCCACAUCGCAAAAUUUUCAUCUUCAGUUAGAAUUAAAACUCUUAUGUGAUAUUAAAAGCUUUCAAGCGCAACACCAAGAAAGCUCGACGCGGACAAUCCAGGAGCAAGUAACUCGCGUAUAGGCACAAUUUUCGCAUCACGUAUCGGUUCUAGUGCCAAUAAAAAUUCGCUAGCUCGACUAGCCGGUCGCAAUCGUCAUAGGCAACGUUAUUUAUAGAUCGCACGAUCUUAUCGAGAUCGCGAGAAAAGAUGUUUAUAUUAGAAACUGGAGAUCUCAAGCGGAUGACUUUUCUCGGCUGAGUUAUAGGAAACGCGAUUUUGUUUCGCAAAGAAUUAGAAUUGAAAUCUUUAGAAUUUCCUUAAUCUUCGAAUGAUUUUUCGACUCAAUUUUAAAUUAUAAUAAAUAUCAGAAUUUUAAAAUUAUAAUAAAUAUAUUAUCGAUAUAACGGUAACGUUGCAAUGUUUAAUACAAUAUGAAAAAUGAUGAUACACUUACCUAUAAAAAUAUCCUGUAAAGAGUGUAAUAUAUUUAAUUUCUCUUUAAUACUUCUCGAAAGAUUAAUUAGAUAGAAAGUUAAUCAAG